UCUCUAUCGCAUGAAAAUUUUGUGAAGUUUAGAAGGUCAGAGUAGAGGGAGAGAAACUGGUUAUGGAGUUUUCUAGGAUCUCUAGUGUUCUGUUGUUGUGUGUUUUUGUAUUUCUAUCAUCCUCUGUCUCGAUCUCUUCUGCUUCUGAGGAGGAGAAGGAAUAUGUAUUGACUUUGGAUCACUCGAAUUUUUCGGAGAUUGUGUCAAAACACAAUUUCAUCGUUGUUGAAUUCUAUGCUCCUUGGUGUGGUCACUGUCAGCAGCUUGCUCCAGAGUAUGAAAAAGCUGCAUCUGCACUUUCAAGUCAUGACCCUGCAAUUGUUUUGGCUAAAGUUGACGCCAAUGCUGAAGAAAACAAAGAAUUCGUAGAGAAAUUUGAGAUACAAGGCUUCCCCACAAUCAAGAUCUUAAGAAAUGGAGGGGAGAACAUUCAGGAAUAUAAAGGCCCAAGAGAAGCUGAUGGCAUCGUGACUUAUUUGAAGAAACAAGUUGGCCCUGCAUCAUAUGAAAUCAAAACUUCAGAAGAUGUCGAAAGCCUUAUAGAUCACAAAAAGAUCUUUAUUGUAGGGAUUUUCCCCAAAUUCUCAGGGGAAGAAUAUGAUAAUUUCAUGAUUCUUGCUGAAAAGUUGCGAUCCGACUAUGAUUUUGGCCAUACUACAAAUCCGGAGCUCAUUCCUCGUGGGGAAUCAACGAUUACAAAGCCAACUCUUAGAUUGCUAAAGCCUUUCGAUGAACUUUUUGUUGAUUCCAAGGAAUUCAAUGUCGAGGCUAUGGAGAAGUUCAUUGAAGAAGCUAGCACUCCUCUUGUGACUCUUUUCGACCAAAGCCCUGAAUACGCUGUAUUUUUAAGCAAAUACUUUGAAAGUGCAGAAGCAAAGGUGAUGUUCUUGGUGGAUUAUAAUCAUGAUAAAAUCGAUAAUUUCAAAUCAUUAUAUCAUGAAGUUGCUGGAUUGUACAAAGGAAAAGGACUACAUUUCCUCAUCGGUAAUGUUGCAGAUAGUCAAGGUGUCUUCCAGUAUUUUGGAGUUAAAGAAGAUCAAGCACCUGUCCUCAUUCUACAAGACACCGAAGGUGUGAAUUAUGUGAAGCCAAAUGUGGAAGUUUCUCAGAUUGUUCCUUGGUUGAAGGACUACACAGAGGGAAAGCUAAAGCCGUUUAUAAAAUCUGAGCCAAUUCCGGAAAAGAACGAUGAGCCUGUGAAGGUGGUUGUUGCCAAGAGUCUUAGAGAAAUGGUUUUGGACUCCAAAAAGAAUGUUUUACUAGAGAUCUAUGCACCAUGGUGUGGGCACUGUAAAAAACUUGCUCCAAUCUUGGACGAAGUUGCCGUGUCAUUUGAAAAGGAUCCUAGUGUCGUAAUUGCCAAAUUGGAUGGGACUCAAAACGACAUUCCAAGCGAUACAUUUGAUGUUAAAGGUUACCCGAGUCUUUACUUUAGAUCAGCAAGUGGUAAAUUCACUUCAUAUGAUGGGAAUAGGACAAAGGAGGAUAUCAUCGACUUCAUUCACAAGAACAUUGAACCGGUUUCUGAAUCGCUUAGAGAUGAGCUUUGAAGAGUU